AUGGCCGACGACUUGUCCAUCUCGUCUUCCCCUUCUUACGCCAACUCGUGGAUCUCCUGGUUCCUCGCGUCCAAGGGCAACGAGUACUUCUGCGAGGUCGAUGAGGAGUACAUCCAGGACCGCUUCAACCUGACGGGCUUGAAUGCGGAAGUAAGCGGGUACUCGGCGGCGCUGGACUUGAUCCUUGACACAGCGGCGGACGAGGACCUGAAUGACGAGCAGCGAGAAGAGCUUGAGUCGUCGGCACGGCAUCUGUACGGCCUGAUCCACGCGCGAUAUGUCAUCACGUCGCGAGGGUUGUCCAAGAUGAUCGAGAAGUACAAAAAGGGCGACUUUGGCCGUUGCCCCCGCGUUCUCUGCUACGGCCAAUCGCUCCUCCCGCUCGGCCUCUCCGACAUCCCCUACCAAAAAGCCGUCAAGCUCUACUGCCCACGCUGCGAAGACCUCUACUCGCCAAAGUCCUCUCGACACGGCUCGAUCGACGGAGCCUACUUCGGCUCGACUUUCGCGCACAUGUUGUUCAUGGUCUACCCGGGCAUGAUCCCGAGUAAGAGCGUACCGGGUGCGGGACAGGGAGCGGGCGGACAGGCGGGAUUGAGUGGAGGCGGACUCGGGGCGCAGGCGGCGGCCAAGGUCGAGAGGAUCAGGCCGAGGAUCUUUGGGUUCCAGGUGCACGAGCAUGCGAAGCUGUUGCGGUGGCAGGAGAAGAUCCGCGACCAACAAAUCGCACGACUGGAAGAAUACGAGCGCCGCGGUCAACUAGAGUAG